AUGUCGUUCUGUCGCAUCACGGGCAAAUGUCGGUCGCUGCCGAAGCCCAACUACUUCCCGAUGCUGCCACCAAUCUCACCGGCGGCAGCGAAGCGUUUCUGUCGCGUGACGGGCAAAUCGUACGGGUUGCCCUCGCACCACUUCAUCCCGGUGACGCUCGUGAAGCGGUCGGCCGGCGCGGACCGGUGCCGGGUGACGAACGUGUCGGCGGAGCUCGAACCGCACCACUACCAACCGGGCGCGUACGGUAACCGGCGGCACGAGGUGCUGUGUGCGUUCCGCUACGUGCUGCCCGUGCUGGACGACAGCGAUGAGGCGCAGCGUAAUCUGACCACCAUCCUGCAGCAGAAGACGAAACCGCUCGAACAGAGCCUGUACGUGUACCGGGUGGAUGAGCGUAGCUUUGGGCUCGUUUUCCCGGCACGCCUCGAGGCGGCCGUCCGCGACGGGGACGUGCGGGACGUCAUGCUGGCGAAAGAGUCCGACAAACUGCUGAUCAAGCUGCGCAAGGGCAACAGUGUGAGCGUACCGCUGCAGAGCUUCGAGCACACGGCGCCCGAGUCCGGCGCACUGUACGAGGGCGAGGGCCCGCGGGAGGAGGUGCUUAAGCGGAGGGAAAAGGAGGACGCAAAGCGCCCGAAACCGAAACCCAAAUCGAACCUCUCCAGCAUAGCGAACAUCUUCGAGAGCAAGGAACGCGUCGAGGAGGAACAGAUCGAGCAGGAGCAGCGGUUCAUUGAGGAGCACCGCGAGAAGGCGGUUCGGCUCGCAGCGGAACGGCGCGAGCGGCAGCGGGCGGAGAAGCUGCAGGCACUCCGGUUGAAUGAGCACCUGCUCGAGCAGGACCCGGAACUGGGCGAUCUGGUCAAACCGCUGAUCGAAUCGUGGGACUGGAGCACACUCGAGCGCGAAGCGGCGGACCGGAAUGCGGAACGGGAGGGUGUGCGCAGUACGGUCACGGCCCUACCGAAACCGCUCAACGUACUCCCGGUGGUGAUCACCGCACGGAAGCUGCUGGUGGAUGAAGCGCAGCUCGAGCACUGUUCCGGCCUGGAGGCGGCCUCGUACGUUGGCACAAUCACCCCCGCCCGGGUAGAGUUGAAGCCGGAACGGGGGGCAGCAAUCGGGGCACUAACGCCCGACAUGCUCGGUCAACUUGCCCUGCUGGAGGAACGCCUCGGACCAUCGGCUGAGCUGCUGCCCCAUCUGGACGAUCUGGCCUCGGUCAUGACGCACCUGAGCCAGGCCCAACCGAUCGAGGUGGAUGGAGUGCCCGGCGUGAAGCUGAUCGUAAACCAUCAACCCGUAUUCGUCCCCGGGCAGAUGGUGAUGGUCGGCGGUAAGCCAACCUUCGUACCGGGUCAAUCGCUGCCCAGCUCGGCCGGUGCUUCCGGUGAGCUCGAGUUCAUACCCGGCGUCACCAUUACCGGGCAGGACGGUGCGAUCCAAUUCAUCCCCGGCGAGGUAACGACGGUCCGUGCGGGAAAGCACCCCACGGCCACCUUCGUCGCGGGCAAGGCGAUCGCCGGGCAAGGGUUCGUGUGUGGCCAGGUGCUGUCGGUGAACGGUGAGCCACGCUUCGUGCAGGGACAGACGAUUGUAACGCCCGAGGGGGUGAGCAAGUUCAUUGCGGGCGUGGUGGACGAACGGACGGGGCAGUUCGUUCCGGGCCAACCGAUCGAAACGCCGGACGGGUUGCGGUUCGUGCCGGGACAGACAAUCACCGUGCAGGGUCGGGAACGGUUCAUCCCCGGCCAGAACGUGCCGAACCCGGACGGCCACGGUGAGCUAGUGUUCGUGCCUGGACAGACGGUUGCCAUCGCCGGGGGGAAGGAUCGUUUCGUGCCCGGUAAAACGAUCGUCACCGCGGAAGGGGCGAGGUUUGUGCCGGGCCAGUACGCCGGGGACGCGUUCGUGCCCGGCAUCGUUGAUGGCAGUGGCCGAUUCGUGCCGGGCGUUAACAUCGAAACGAAGGAGGGUUCGAAGUUCGUCGAGGGACAGAUCGUGCACACGAAGCACGGCGAUGUGUUCAUGCCCGGUACUACGACGAUCGGACCGGCCGGUGGCGUGUCGUUCGCGUUGGCUUCCACGAUCGAUGCGGUGCGGUUCAGCGAGGCAUCGCCGGUUGGCAUGGUGGUGGACGGUGAGCGGCUGGCAAUCGAAGAACCGUCGCUGUGUGUGUUUGGCCAUCUGGUGCAGAACGACGUCGGGGUGGAGUUCUACCCCGAACGUAUCGGGCGGGAGCAUCUCCCGGCGGGCAAGGUGGUACCGGGCAAGCUGGUAAAGCAACUCGCCGAAUCGAAGUUCAUACCCGGCAUCAAGACGGCAGAUGACGGGUUCAUCCCGGGACAGGUGGUGCUAACCGACCGGGGCGAACAGUUCGUCCCCGGCCAGGUGAUUGAGACGUCCGAGGGCAUGAAGUUCGUACCGGGGCAGAUCAUCGAGACGAAGAGUGGGCCCAAGUUUGUACCGGGUCAGACGAUGGAAACGCCGGACGGGCCACGGUUUGUGCCGGGCCAGAUCAUCAAUACGCGCGUCGGACCAACCUUCAUCCCGGGGCAGGUGAUCAGCACCGACGACGACGGGGAAAAGUUCGUGCCGGGCCAGAUCGUCGACACGGACGACGGACCCCGGUUCGUGCCGGGUCGCGUGGUGGAAUCGGAGAAUCGCGUCACCUUCAUCCCGGGCCGCAUCGUCCAGACCGCCGACGGGCCACGGUUCGUAGCGCCGGAUCUGAAAGACAACGAGGACGGUGAUGAAGAGUUCUCGGUGCAGAGUUUCACCGUAACGCCGGAGGAGCUGAAGCUGCUGAAACCGAGCCAACCGGCAUACGGCGGAGCGGUUUCGGGCGAGAGCACGCUUGUCGUUAGUUUGGAUAGCACGAUCCUGCAGAGCCUGGCACAGUCGGGAAUGCCCAUCGGACGUCAGGUGGAAGCGUCCGCCGUGGAUUACGUACUCGAAAGCACGAAGGAACGCAAGGCUUUGCAGCAGUUCCUGGCCGAGAACAGUCUGCCCGGUGCGAAGCUGGACGUGCUGGAGAGCAUCUUCGAUGGGUUGAAACAGGUCUGCCGGAAGGUGGACCGCGAAUCGCUCCAGUACAGCGAUGCACACGCACCGAAGGAUGAGACGGUGUGCAAUGGGUCGAUCGGCGCUGUGGAAGCGCUUGCCUCCAGCCUGGCCACAAUCCUCAGCGAAGCGCACGGGUCGGACGCUAACGCACCCGAGCGGUCGAUGUACGAGAUGAUCGCGGAAGCGAUCAAGGCCUCGACGGGCGAAUACACGGUGGAGGAACUGCAACACAUCAUCCAGUCGCCGGAAGCAGUCGACUAUCUGUUCGGCGCUGUUAAUCGUACGAUCGUCAAGCACAACAUCGAUCACAAGCUGCGCACGCUGACGGCACUGAUGGAGGAGGACCCGGUGGGCGAAGAUACCGCACCGGGUGCGGGAUCGCUCCCGACGGGUGCCAUCGAAGAGUUCUGUGAGCUGCUCGACAACGGUGGAAUGUCUGAGGCGUUCGUAAAUCUGCUCAAAAAAGACGAAAACCUGUUCAAAUCCAUCGUUACCAGCCUGAAGAGUUCGGGCGUGGUGGAGGACAGUGUGAACAUCUCGGAGAUACUGCAAACGGCGCUGGUCGAUAGCAUUCAGGAGCGGGCCCAGGCCGCACUGGUCGAGCUCGUUGAAGAUCCCCGGUCGCAUGACGCAUUACGCACGCUGCUCCGUAAGUCGGAAGGGCUGGCGCACGCCCUCGGCCACGCCAAGGAGGCAGAGGCAUUGCAGUACCUGCUGACACAUCCGGCGGCAUUGCGUGAUCUCCACAAGGAGGAUGAACUGUUCACCAUCAUCAAUCGGGUGCUGAUCAUGGAGCAGUUGGCGGAAGAUGACGACGAGUAUCGGGAGCUGAUGGAUGGGCUCGAGCGAACACCAGCCCACGCUACCAAGAGUGAUAAGCUGCGGGAGCUCAUACGGCAGAGUGGAGCGUUGUCGCAUGCGCCCGCCCGGCGCCCCGUGAUCGAGUCUUCCCGCGACGUGCCGCUCUCGCUGUUCUACACCAACAACCAGCUGGCGAUCGAGGAGUUCUUCCUGAAGAGUGGCCAAAACCAGCGGCACCAGUACCCGAAGGCGUUCCUCAUCAUCAAGCGUGGCAUACAGGCGGUGAUACCGCGGGAGUCGAGCCACGAAGUGCUGGCGGGCAAGAUCGCCUACACCGUGCUGGACGAGGACGGUAUCCGUCACUUCCAGCCGAUGAAUGUGCUGUCCGCGUUGCGCCUCACGCCCAAGUUCCUGCACCGGUUUUCGAUGUACAGCUGCGAGGUGCAGGAGGAACCGGACUACGAAACGCUCAGCAGCAGCGGCAGCAGCAGCCACGAUGCGUUGGACAAGGUGGACGAGGCGGCAUACUUCUAUCGACCGCUGGCACGAAGAGGGUCGCUGCGUGUACCACCGGCCACCGCACCGGCCAAUGGCGCUGCCCGGAAGGUCGAGCGUCAGGAAUCGUUCAGUCCUCGGCUGAUAGCACGCAAACUUCCGCCCAUCAACGGGUAUCAUCCGGCAGGUUCGUUGCCACCGCUGCAACCGCUCUACCAACCGCUACACACCUUCCCCACCGUCAUCACCCACCACCAGCAGCUUCAGCAGCCUGUACCGCCCCGGCAGCACCAACAGCAGCAGCAGUACCAACAUCAUCACACCCAGCAUUACCACCCGGCAGCAAUGGCAGACAAUGUUAAGCAGACUCUACCGAUGGCAAUGAGGAUAGCGAUCAAGGCCUCGCUUGCGCAAGGCCGCGAACCAUCGACCUGCUAUCGCUCCAACAGCCGGGACUCGAUCCAUCGAACGUCAUCCCGCACCAGCGUACCCGACUGGAGCUGGAAGUGA